GUAAUGCGGACCGCAAGUCUGCGAGUAAUACCUCCACUCUCUUCAAAUGUGUAGCAAAAUGGAUGAUGUGGAGCAAAAUAAGCUCUCAACUGAAACUAUUGAGAGUUCAGUAAGCAAUGACAGCGACGAAUCUGCUGUGGCCAAUGUAAAUGUAGACCAACACUUUUUCAGUUGUGUACAUGAGUACCAGUUUCAACGCGACGUAAGAGAAGACGAGCCAUCUUCACCUCCCAUUGAAGAAGAUGGCCGUGCUAAUCCCGAUCAUCUUACCGAACUUUAUAUUUCAUCUGAUUUACCAGAAGACCAUGUCAAUCAAAUCAUUCAAGAGAAGAAUUAUGAGAAAAUUUGGGACCUCCUCGUUAAAAUGCUCGAACUACGAACAUUGUCUUUGAGUUUUCUGCAACUGCCUUGUAUCCCCAACUUACACGGAGAGAAAUGCGUCUUCACGGAGAAAUUACGAUGUCUUUUUCUAACAGGUAAUAACUUGGAGGAUUUGCCAGACGCAAUGCGUGUCUUGCAAUGUUUGAAAAGGAUGCAACUAGGAAGCAAUAGUUUUACGAAGAUCCCUGACGUCAUAGCUCGAUUACAAGGACUAGAACACCUCGAUAUGAGCAAGAAUCAAGUGACAGAUGAUGGAAUAGCGCACCUGGACUUCAAAGACUUGAAACUGAAGGAGUUGUAUUUAAACGGAAAUAAAAUCAGGACCUUGCCUCCAAAUAUCUUCAAGUUGAGAGAACUGACACAUUUCGAUGGGUCCUACAAUGAAUUACAGUCUAUCCCCGAUGAAAUUGAUCAGCUACAGAAUCUGAAGUACAUCAGAUUAAAACAGAACCGAUUAAGGCGUCUCCCAGAGUCUCUCGGAAAUGUUAAGUCCCUUGAAGUUAUUUGUGUGUCAGAGAAUUGCCUGCAGGAUAUCCCUGCAGAAAAGCUUGCAAAAUUACCUAAAUUGAGAUUAUGUUGCCUUCAUUCUAACCGGCUGGGCCAGGCAGUUUUUCAGACAUUAAAGAAGGCUAAGUUUCAUGUUCGGUUUGGCGAUAAUCGGUUGGUUGAUCCCAAAAUAGCAAAGGAUAAAAUAGAGGCUGGUUGCCAUAUGACAGAUGUCCCAUCCGGAAAAAUGCCAAUUUACGACGUUUUUAUUCUUUACUCUGGAUCUGAGGAAGAUGAAAAGUUGAUUAAUGAUGUGUUUCUCCCAGGACUUGAGGAGGAAAAUGAGCUUAAGGUGUGUGUUGCCUUUAGAGACUACAUACCAGGGCAAUAUGUGUCGGAAGAAGCUAUUAGCAAUAUGAAGAAGUCUCGGAAAAUCAUUGCUCUUCUGACCGAGCAUUUUGAUGAGCAGGCCAAGGCAGUGGAAAUCAAUCAGGCAGUAGGUGCAGAUCAAGGCAGGCAGUCAUGUUCUGUCAUACCUGUUGUAUCGGGUAAUCCUGACUAUAUAAAAAUACCUGCUCAGUUUGAGAAAAUCGUCCCAUUGCGGGCCCCAGUAGACUGGGAUAAGUUGUUAACAGCUAUAAAAGCAUGAGGUUUGGAACAAAUGAACAAAUAACCAAGCCAUUUGAAGUCAGAUUUUAACUUCUGUAUCAAAUAUAUCUUUCAAAAUUAUUUCAAUCUGUUUGAUCACAAGCCUAUAUUCUCUAUUUUGACCAUGAGAGUAAUUAUAUAACUGUAGCUAAAGGGCAUUAAAAAAGAGGGAAUGGAGGCCGAAAAUAAGUGUGCAUGUACAUAGGUUGGCAACAGGCUGACAACGGCACCUUCGUAUCGACAAUUUUGUACUCUUGUAGAUUGAUUAAUAAUAUGUAUAAUAUCUUUUUUUACUGAAAAAUGAAAGCGAUCAAUUAUCGUUGACUUCAUUUCACUUUGAGUAAGACAUAUCAGUGACCCAGAAAAUCAACCCGCAAAGAUUACCAUUACCUAAAUGAAUGUUUUUCCUUUAAUGUCACAGAAAUAUGUGUUAUUACAAAUCCCUUAUUCUAAAUAUUACGACAUUAUAACUAAUAUUAUACUAUGAAUCCAGUGCAUCUUUUAAGCGGAGCUUUCAGUACAACUAAGAGGACGGUUAUAUGGAACUCGUGGUUUAUUUCUAGAAAUUUCAUGAUGUAGUGCAGCCAGUCCAAUCGAUUAGUCAUUUAAAGAAUCGUUAUUUAUGGGCAAUAUUUCAGCUAAAAAAGAAGUAUUCAUAACUAAUUGAUGUGUGUAAUUUUUUAUUGUUUCAAGAAAAAAUAUGUUGGUUCUGAAAUGAAAAUUGCUGACAAGUUCUUU